CUUUGUGAAGCAAAAAUAUAGCGGCACAGAAGAUGAUGACGUGGCAAGGCACUUUUCCGGCAAUGGACAAAAUCUCACGGCUGCGUGGUGGAAAUCCGUUGGCUUCCUUUUCUUCUUCCUCUCAUUUUCAUAUACAACAACAAUCCUCCUUGAGAUAUGCGGUGCUCGGUGCAGGAUUUGCUGGAUUAUCUGUAGCGUGGCACUUGCUAGAACACAGUCAUGGUGAGGUUAAUAUAUGUGUUGAUGUUCUUGACGAGGUCGGGAUUGGGGGUGGUGCUUCUGGGGUGUCUGGAGGACUCCUUCAUCCUUAUUCUCCUAAAGUUAAGCCUCUUUGGCGGGCAGCCGAGUGCUGGGAAGAGAGUUUAAGGCUUAUAAGCAUUGCUGAAACAGCAAUGAACUCAAAGAAAGUUGACUUGAAGAAUGGAGGAAUCGGUCAGAACUCUAAUGGGUUUAUUGCCCGGAGAAGGGGUAUCCUGAGACCAGCAGUCAGCUUAAAGAACAUGAGUAUAAUGAAUGAUAAUGCUCAGAACUCUCUCGCCAGUUGCAGAAUACAGUCUAUUAAUGAAGACACUGCCCAGACAUUAGUACCUAACAUAUCUGUACCUUCUAACUCUGCCUUUUUUAUGCCUGAUGCUGUAAAUAUACAGCCCCAAAGUUAUCUUGAGGCCCUGUAUGUAGCUUGUGAAACUCUAGCAAAAGACAUGUCCAGUGCGGGUCUUGGUGAAAAGAAGAUAAACCUUCACAAGACGUCUAUUGGCAAUCUUCUUGAAUUAGAAGGGGAGUAUGAUGCUGUUGUUGUAUGUUUGGGUGCCAGAUCCACUUUUAUCCCAGAGCUCUCUGGAAGGUUGCCCUUGAGGACUUGCAGAGGCGUCACAGCCCACUUACAUCUUCCUGACUAUAUAAGGGAAGAAUUUUCAGAGCACAGCCCCUCAAUCUUGUCAGAUGCAUGGCUUGCCAUCCAAGAUCCUCGAAAUUUAUACCUAGGUUCUACAUGGGAAUGGAAAUCUUGCAACUACUCUCAAAAUGUUUCAAUGGAGGAAGCUUCAAAAGCUUUGGACGAACUUCUGCCAAAAGCAUAUGCAGUUUAUCCACACUUAACAAAAUGGGUUUUUAAGGAAGCAAGUGCGGGUCUAAGAGCAAUGCCACCUCUCACAAGUAACGGAUCUCUUCCUCUUUUAGGCCGCAUAGAUGAUUUUAUUAGUCAACCUCAUGAGAGUAAGUUCUGGGUUUUUUUGGGUCUUGGAUCUAGAGGUUUGUUGUAUCAUGCCUGGCUUGGGAAAUUGAUGGCACAAGCUGUAAUUUCUUGUGAUGAAGAUGUAAUACCCUAUGAAUUGACCUCUUGGAAACCAACAUUAAUCAAUAAAGGAUAGUGUUUUCCUUUCCUAUGUUCUUGGUGAAAA